AGUUUCUGGAAAAUGUGCGUUUUGCAAUCGACUUUUCUACAAAGUUCGUAAUCAUUUUCAAUCAGACAUUCGUCAAACGUCAUUCAUAGUUUUUUCGUGUGCUGCUGAGAUCGCUCGCAACUGCUCGCAACGCGUGUUACAAGAAUCGAAACCUCGGAGUGCUUUUUGCAAUCAUCUGAAGUAUUUAGAAAAUUUUUGGAUUCAGACUCGGAAAUAAGAAUUCAAGAUGGUCAAGGAGACGACAUACUAUGAUAUCUUAGGUGUGAAAACCAACUGCACUAAUGAUGAACUAAAGAAAGCAUACAGAAAGUUGGCCUUAAAAUACCACCCAGACAAGAAUCCCAAUGAAGGCGAAAGGUUCAAACAGAUCUCCCAAGCAUAUGAAGUACUAUCUAAUCCGGAGAAGAGAAGAAUUUAUGACCAAGGGGGUGAGCAAGCACUAAAAGAAGGUGGGGUUGGUGCCAGCGGGUACUCGUCUCCUAUGGACUUGUUUGACAUGUUCUUUGGAGGAGGCUUUAGUGGCGGUCGCCGACGGGGACGUGAACGCAAGGGGAAGGACGUUAUCCAUCAACUGUCCGUCACUCUUGAGGAAUUGUACAGAGGGGCUGUCCGUAAACUUGCUUUGCAGAAGAAUGUAAUUUGUGAGAAAUGUGAAGGGCGUGGUGGUAAGAAGGGAGCGGUCCAAACAUGCCCAACCUGCCGGGGCACAGGAAUGCAAGUCCAAAUCCAGCAAUUGGCUCCUGGCAUGAUCCAGCAGAUUCAAACUGUGUGCAGCGAAUGUAGAGGACAGCGUGAGAUCAUUGACCCAAAGGACCGCUGCAAAGUUUGCCAGGGACGCAAGACAGUCCGUGACCGCAAGAUACUGGAAGUGCAUGUUGACAAAGGAAUGACUGAUGGCCAAAAAAUUGUGUUCAGCAGUGAGGGUGACCAGGAGCCAGAAUUGGAGCCUGGUGAUCUCAUUAUCGUUCUUGAUGAAAAAGAACAUGAGGUGUUCAAGCGUUCCGGCAAUGACCUAAUUAUUCGGUUAAAUAUCGAACUUGUGGAAGCACUUUGCGGCUUCCAAAAAGUGAUAAGAACUUUAGAUGACAGAGAUAUUGUUAUAACUGUUAUGCCUGGUGAGGUCACAAAACACGGUGAAGUCAAAUGUGUACUCAAUGAAGGCAUGCCCAUGUACAAAAAUCCAUUUGAAAAAGGUCAACUUAUUAUACAAUUUUUAGUUAAUUUCCCUAAUCGCAUUCCACCUGAAGUCAUUCCUGCAUUGGAGAACUGCCUACCGCCGCGUCCUAGGGUGGAGAUCCCCGAACUGGCCGAAGAGUGCACGCUGAUGGACCUCGACCCGGAGCAGGAGAACCGGCGGCGGCGCGCGCACCACGGCCCGGCCUACGAGGAGGACGACGAGCACCCCGGCAUGAACCGCGUGCAGUGCGCCACCAGCUAGGUCGACCCGGCGACCGUUGUGCCGGGGACCACACCGCAUCCGUACUGGACGUCUUUCUUGCAAAUGGCAAU